CUGUCCAAGUUACUUGAAUCGUUGGGGUCGAUUCGGUUGUUAUCUUGGUCGAUGACUAGAGUUGGAGUGGUUGAAUUCAAGUUCUUGAAGAUUGGAACAUUCAACAAGGACACAAUAACUAUUAAGUCAUUGAGAGCAAAGACAAUGAAGAGAACCGAGAACAAGCCCAAGAGGUUGUCGUUGCUAUGACUGGACAAAUUGUCGAUAAUGGGCAAUUCGAGCGACUUGCCAAAGAUAAUCACAUAGUUGUUGAGGAGAAGGGCGUUAGGAUCCUUAAUGAUGUAGUAUGCAAUGGACAACAAGAAGCAAAUACGGAAGUAGUUCAAGGUGAUGGAGGAAAAGAGGGCCAUAUUGAUGAGGGUGGUGUUGUUGGUGUUGUUGGUGAAGAACAACAGAGUCGUUUCACUGAGAGCUUUAAGCGCCAGCUCCGUCGCCACCACUUUUCCUCUGAGCUGGCACCAAAAACAGCAUAACUACCAGAAGCACAAUGGCCAAAAACGCCAGCUUGAACACACCCAGCAAGUCCAGGAAGAGCACCUCCAAGGUUCCAGACAACCCUCCAGCUUCGACAGCUCCCAAGAUCAAAGUGCCCAAGGCCUUCAUCAUCAGACCCAUUCUCAGCUUGCCUCACAACAACCUUCAUAAUGACACCUCUCUAGCUGCUGCAAACAAUGCUGUGCAAACACCCAUCAAGUCUGUCUCAAAGGUGUUCAUCAAUCCUCAGGUGGCAACUGUGCUCGACUUAUCCAAUGGUGCCCUCGUUCACCUCUCAAAGGAAAACAAUUCUAACGAUGGUUUGCUUGCCAUUGUUCAGUCAGAUCCUGAAAUUGUUGAGUUUAAUGUUGCCAGAAUAUCUCAAAACUACCUAGAUCUAACAGGUUGGUUGCUUGGUGAUCGAUUAGUGAUUGAGAAACUAAACUACCAGCCUGAUUACUCUUUGAAUAUUUUUCUUUCGGUGAAAUCUUUUUCUGAUAAUGAUGCUAAUAUUACAAACGACAACGACGACAAUAACCAGAAUAAUAACAAACUGCCAACAAAAAAAAUAAACAAGUUACUCAAUGACCUUGGUUUAAUCAUUCCAGGUUUGAAGUUCCUACAUGAGAGCAUCGAAUACACUAUAUGUGAUGUAUCCAAUUUUACUGACAAUGAUGGUUCUGAUAUAUUAUUACCACAAUUAAAAAACCUAACAAUAAACACUUACAGUGGUGCAACUAAACCCACUCAAACCGAAAUAACUUCCCACAACCCCAUAUAUCAUGAAAACUUAUUACAAAAUCUAAAGCGCAAGAAAUUAAUCUCUCCUGUUUAUCUUUAUUCGAAAUCUUUAUCUCAGUUUAAAAUUUCCAAAAACCCUAUCGAGGAUUCUUUAUUGCCAUACAAAUUAUAUAAUUUGCCUAAAUUAUUAACCUAUACCAGUAUAGGUGGUUUGAAAAACCAAAUCAAUAAAAUCAAAUCAACAAUCGAACUACCUUUAUUCAAUUCAAACCUUUUUUAUCAAUUUAAUAUAAAACCUCCAAGAGGCAUCCUACUAUAUGGUCCUCCAGGUACAGGAAAAACAAUGAUAUUAAAAGCAAUUGCAAAUUCAACCAAAUUAACUCAUAUUUUAUCUAUUAAUGGGCCUUCUAUAAUCUCAAAAUACUUGGGCGGAACCGAGGAAAAACUUACCCAAAUAUUUAAUGAAGCAAGAACCUAUCAACCUUCUAUAAUAUUUGUAGACGAAAUAGAUUCUUUAGUACCUUCAAGAGAUUCCAGUGAUUCAACUGAAAUCGAAAAUAGAACCGUUGCCACUCUACUCACAUUAAUGGAUGGACUAGAUAAUUCAAAUAAUAACGUCAUCAUCAUCGCAUCAACAAAUAGACCAAAUUCAAUUGAUUCAGCUUUAAGAAGACCAGGUCGGUUUGAUCAAGAAAUUGAAAUAGGUAUUCCUGAUAUCGAUGCCAGAUUUGAUAUCUUGAAAAAAUCCAUUCAAAAAAUGAAUGAAAAGAAACACAAUUUAACCCAAGAUCAAAUUUUUCAAAUUGCUUCAAAAACCCAUGGUUAUGUUGGCGCUGAUUUAAUAGCUUUAACCAGAGAAGCUGUAAUGAAAGCAAUCGAAAGAAACAUAUCUCUUAUUAAUAGUAAAAACCAAAAUCAAAAUAAUUUUGAUAAUAUCACAAUCCAAAUUAAAGACCUUCAGAAUGCCAUGAUAGAUGUGAGACCAUCAGUAAUGAGAGAAAUCUUUCUAGAAAUGCCAAAAGUUUAUUGGUCUGAUAUCGGCGGCCAAGAAUAUUUAAAACAAAAACUAAAAGAAAUGGUCCAAUUACCUCUAGAAGCCUCUGAUACUUUUAGGAAAUUGGGUAUAAAACCACCAAGAGGAAUUUUACUUUACGGCCCUCCAGGUUGUUCAAAGACUUUAACUGCAAAAGCUUUAGCAACCGAAUCUGGUUUGAAUUUUUUUGCCAUUAAAGGUCCCGAAAUCUUUAAUAAAUAUGUUGGUGAAUCAGAAAGAACAAUAAGAGAAAUUUUUCGAAAAGCAAGAAGUGCAUCCCCAAGUAUUUUGUUUUUCGAUGAAAUUGAUGCUUUGUCCGCAGACAGAGAAAGCGGCGAGGCAACAACUUCCACAGCUAAUCAUGUUCUAACUACUUUAUUAAAUGAAAUUGAUGGUAUAGAAACAUUAAGUGAAGUCAUAAUUGUUGCUGCAACAAACAGACCCGAUUCAAUAGACCCAGCAUUGUUGAGACCUGGUAGAUUGGAUAGACAUAUCUAUGUUGCACCACCGGAUAUCCUGGCUAGACUACAGAUAUUAAAAAACACUACCAAAAAUUUUAAUAUGGAUGAAGAAAUGAGUACAAAUUAUCUUGAAGUUUUAGCAUCAAAAACAGAUGGUUGUUCUGGUGCAGAAAUGGUUUUAUUAUCACAAGAAGCUGGACUUGCUGCUAUUGUUGAAAAUAAAGAUUGUGUUAAAGUUGAAAAAAGGCAUUUUGAAAAAGCAUUAACGAAUUUACCCAGAGGAAUUACUGAAGAUUUAUUAAAUUAUUAUGAACGAUUUGCUAGUAAUUCAAAGAAAUUUUUUUAAUUGUUAGUGAAACUCAGGAUUAAUUAAUUGGGUAAAUUUACUGAUAUAUUUAUAAGAGUGUAAAUUAUUGCUGUUUUUCAUCAAAAAUAUCAUCCGUUUCCAAUUCAAUUCAAGUAAAAUGAAUUAUCAUUUAUUGCUUGGCCACAAAAAAAAAAAUUAAAAAUAAAACAAAAAAUAAAAAAAAG